GUUCCAAAGUUGUAUGAGUUAGGAUUACACUACACAUGACAUGUUUGGAUUUUGAAAUAUUUCCUUUUUUACAUUAAAUGAAUUAAAAGACCUAUAAUAUAAUAUUCAAUGACAAGUGGAAAAUAUUUAUAAUUAUUAUUUAUUAAUUUAAAAAUUUAUAAAAGUCGAAGGAGAAGCAAGGGCUUCCGUUCCAGGCUUCAGAGUCAGAGCAUCGCAGUUGAGCCUAUCUACUCGUUCGCAUCGUUCCCAUGGCAGUCUCCGUUUCUGCGUCCUCCGUGAUUCCUUCUUUGAAUUCCGAACGCUCCACACUUUUGGGAGCUGCAUCUGCAUCUUCUUCCACGAAGCCAUCCUCGCUGCAAUUUCUGGUUCGUACUCGCCUUUUUGGGAUUGGAACUGCACGCGUUCCCGCUUCCUCGCGUCCUCGAAUCCUUCCUCUGGUUCAAGCAAAGAAACAAACCUUUUCCUCCUUUGAUGAUUUGCUUGCUAAUUCUGAAAUGCCUGUAUUGGUUGACUUCUAUGCAACAUGGUGUGGUCCUUGUCAAUUCAUGGUUCCCAUACUCGAUGAAGUAAGCACACGGCUUAAAGAUAGGAUACAGGUUGUGAAGAUUGAUACUGAGAAGUAUCCCAGCAUUGCUGACAAAUACAAAAUUGAGGCAUUGCCAACUUUCAUCAUGUUUAAGGAUGGAAAACCCUAUGAUCGCUUUGAGGGAGCAUUGAAUGCAGAUCAGCUCAUUGAGCGCAUAGAAACGGGUCUCAAAGUUAAGCAAUAACCCCACUAUAAUGAAGACACAAAGAGGCUUAGCUAUUGGAAUGUUGGAUCCCAUAUAUGAUCGGAUUGGAGGAUCACCCCGUUGAUUCAACUUCAUUCAAACCUUUUCUAGGAUUGUUAUUACUGUGUCUCCAAUAUCUAAGACCCAGUCCUACACAAAUUUGAUUAUUUAUUGAACAGUGGCAUUUUUUAAAUUAACUAGUAAACCUAGUUAUGUUUGUGAGUUCCUCAGUGUUUUAAUUUUUGUCUCACUUCCCGACUCCAUCCACUCGAUCUAUAUUUUACUUUCUGAGGUUUAGAAACACACUGCAAGUGUACGGAGGUUAAAAUUGGUUUCUUGUUUACU